GUGGCCGCGGCGGGGCCGCGGCGGGGCCGGCAGCGGCGGCGGCGGGAGGAUGCGGGCGGGCGGCGGGGCGGCACGGGGGGCGCUGGCCGUGGCGCUGCUCCGCCGCUGCCUGCUGCUGGGCCCGCUGGGGAUGCGCCCGGCCGGCGGACAGGAGGGGGAUGGCUGCGGCCACACGCUGCUGACACCCUACAGUGGCACCCUCAGCUCCAAGAACUACCCGGGCACCUACCCCAACCACACGGCCUGCCGCUGGCGGCUGCACGCCCCCCCGGGCACCUCCCUCCUCCUGGCAUUCGGGGACGUGGACCUGGAGCCCUCCGAGCGCUGUGCCCACAGCUCCCUGCUGCUCGCCGACCCCCAGGCCGACACCACCUAUGGGCCCUUCUGCAGGAACGCCGUCCCCACUGCCCCGCUCCUGGUGACAAACUCCAGCGCCAUGACCGUCCUGUUCAACAGCACCAGCCACCGCUCGGGAAGAGGCCUCCUCCUGUCCUACGCCACCUCGCAGCACCCAGACCUGGUUUCCUGCCUGGUUCGAGGCACCCACUACACCCAGGAGCACGUCAGCGUGUACUGCCCCGCGGGCUGCAAGGACAUCGACGGGGACAUCUGGGGCAACCCAAGCCAGGGCUACCGGGACACCUCGGUGCUGUGCAAGGCAGCCGUGCAUGCCGGGGUGAUUGCGGACGAGCUGGGCGGGCAGGUCACCCUGGCCCGGGAGAAGGGCAUCACCCUCUACGAGUCGGCCUUCGCCAACGGGCUCCACUCCAAAAGGGGAUCCCUCUCCGAGAAGCGGCUCAUAUUCCACAAAGCCUGCGGUGAUGUACUGGAGGUGGCCACCUUCAACGCCUCGUCCUGGUGGCUCGAGGUGGACGCGCUGGGGCAGGACCGAGCCUGGGUGGCCGAACGGGCAGCGCUUGGCACCGCCGGUCACUCCUGGGCUGCCGAACCGGGCUCCGACAGCACCUGGCUGGAGCUGGACCUGGGCGCCCGCAGGAACAUCACAGCUGACAGCAGGGACCCCUCCCGGGCUCUCCCUGCACCAACAGGCAUCAUCACGAAGGGCUCCUCUGAGCAGUAUGACUACUACGUGACGUCCUACCGGGUCUCCUCCAGCCGUGACGGGAAGAACUGGAGACCCUACAGAGGCAGCAGUGGCCAGGAGGACAAGGUCUUUGAAGGAAACGCUGACAGCUAUGGGGAGGUCUCCAACGCCUUCAUCCCCCCCAUCGUAGCCCGCUACAUCCGUGUCACACCCCAGAGCUGGCACCAGCGCGUGGCCUUGAAGGUGGCCCUGGUGGGGUGCCAGCCAGCGCGGGUCCGCGCGCCCCGGCCCUAUGUGCCCAGCGUCCCCAAGGAGGUCCCCAUUCCCACCAGCCGCCCGGCCAGCCACACCCCCAUCCCCGGUGUCGCCCUGGACCCGGAAAAGGCAGGCUCCACACUGCUGGUGAUGCUGCUCAUUGGCGGCUUCGUGCUCCUCUGCUCCAGCCUCCUGCUGCUGGCGUUCCUCUGCCGCAGGAAGAGAAAGCCGGCGGCGGAGCUGAGCUGCGGGAUCACGAAAGGGUACCCCAAACUGGAGUCGAGCCCGGUGUGCUCCCUGCAGAGCCUGCCGCCCCCCGGCUCUGCGCUGGCCUCCUUCCCCACGGCAGCAGUGCCGGCGGACCUCAGCCAGACCCAUUCACCAGAGUACGCCGAGCCAGACCUGGUGCAGCUGAGCCCCAGCAGCCAGACGGGCCCCUCCACCUUCAAGCCGCUGCUGGACGAGGGCUACACGUUGCCGCUGGUCAUGAGCCACUAUGACGUGCCGGGAAAAUACCACGAGUAUGCUGAGCCGCUGCCACCUGAGCCCGAGUACGCCACGCCGUUCAGCGAGCCCGAUGGCACCCGCGGCAUCACGGGGCUCCCCUGCACCCCCCCGGUGGGGUACGACGCACCCACCCCCCGACCUGGGGACAGGGGCACGGAGCGGACUGCGGGGGACGUCCCCUCUCCCGAGGGGGCCCAGCUGGGGGACUGUCCCCUCUCGCACGUGUACCACGAAGCCUUGUGAGGAGGGCGAGCACGCAGCGGCGGCGCUCAGCCGCGAACCUUCCCCACAGUCCUGGGGGGGGUGU